AUGCGGACGCCGACGGGCUGCGUGCGCGGCUGGACGAAUUGGCACGCGAGCGCAACGGCCUGCAGGACGAGGUGCGGGAGGCUCGUGGGGCCUGCGGCGCAGCUCGAGGCGCAGUUGCGGCAGUGUAGCGUGGACCGCGAGCGGCUGAGCGACGAGCUGCAUGCGGACGCCGACGGGCUGCGUGCGCGGCUGGACGAAUUGGCACGCGAGCGCAACGGCCUGCAGGACGAGGUGCGGGAGGCUCGUGGGGCCCAAUAUGGCUUGAAGCCGAAUGCAUUGGGGGCUUCUGUUGAGUGCUUGGAGCGUAGUCCGCUAGAGGUGUUAGCCGCGCGUUCUUCUAGUGCUGAUUGUUCGGGGUUGUUGGAAGAUCAUUUAGGCAGAUGGUGUUUUUAUGAUGCGCGUGAAAAGAAGUUGGCGGAGCGAAUGGCUUUUGUUCGAUUGAAAGAGAAGAAGCUUCUUGCUGUGGCGUAUAAGCUUCGUGCGAGGCAUGAGGAGCUGAGUGAACUUGAGCGUAGGUUGCGUCCUGCCGGCGGUUUAUGUGAGGUGAAGUCUGAAGUGUCUCCCUCGCCUGAUGUUGUUGCACCGGAGCAUUGCGUUUCGUCGUCUCGUGUGCGGGAGGUCGAGAGAAAUGAGCCGUUGCUGUCAAUGUUUGACGCAACUCAGUUGGAGCUUCUUCGUGCCACGGAGGCGUAUCGGGAUUUCUUUUAUCAGCAUGUUCUUGAGGAGGUUGGUGCUGCCGAAUUUGUGGAUAUACAGGGGCGUGAGUGCCCCAGCCGUGAAACACCUUUGGAGAAGACGCUUCAUAUGUCGCGCGUGCUUGAGCGUGUUUUUAGCGAUAAACAGCGUCAUUCUUGCACGGGUUCUUCUGAAGCAGAACAGUCAGAAGUCACCUUGGCGGGGAAGGACCUCUGUCAACGGAGCCUUGAGGCUUUUCGUCGGAUCGAAAAGGCAAUGGGGGCGCUUUCGUAA